CAGAAUAAAGUUGCAAUUUCUAGAAAAUUAGUUUGGGGAAGAAGUUCUAUUCUCAUGAGAAUAAAAAAACUUUGAGUUGAAGGCAGUUGGAUUUGUCAGUUGGUGAACAAGGAAGGCGGUAACCAAGUACACCGCUCCAGGGCAAAAUACUAUAAUAAUUACUUUUGUAAAGUAGCUAUGCCAGGGAACAAAAAGAUGCAAUCAUGUCACUAAAACAACAUUAGUAGUCAUUUAUGUCAACAAGAAAAGGACUAGUGAACAAUAAUCAUUUAUUUAUGUCAAUACUAUAUAUCAACAAUCAUGGAAGAAAAUGGCAAUAACAACCAAUGGCCACUAGAGGGCACUUUAUCAACAAUUACAGUAUCUGCUUGGUAGAUGUCAUGAUUAGGACUGUUCAGAAUGCAUUUGAAUAAUAUUUUGAAAUAGUUAAACGUACUUUUUAUGAAGUAACUGACCAAAUAGUAAAGAUGACAUGGAGACAACAGACAAAGAAUGAUGCUUAGCGAAGGAUGAAAGUAAUCCUAACGUGACAACACAAAGCAUUUUAAACUUUACAGCAAUAAAGCAGUAACAUUCUUUUAACAAUAAAUCACCACGCCAUUUUAAACAAUCAAACAAUAUAUUUAAUGUACUGAAAUUAUUAAUAUACUGCAACGUGCACCCCCAAAAGAUUGACUAUCCAAGACAGCACUCAUGUUUCUUAUAGAGGAUCUUUGUAAAAAAAAAUGGUAGCAGUAUGUUCUUAACUCCUGUCAAACCGAGGCUCUCCAUUUCCACGCAAUCCGACUGUGGGUUGGUGAGACAGUGGGUGUCACCGCUAGAGGUGGCCCCCUGCCCGCUUUGCCUGAGCGUGAAUGAAGCGGCGGCUCCUCCUCCAGUGUCAGCUGUUGUGCAGCGUUAGUUGCGUGUUGGUGGUUUGUUAGUAGCGGAGUUUGGUGUCGGUUCUCCUCACAUGAGCGGACUCUUCCAUUCUUGGUAUCCGAGCUUCACGUGUUGCUGAGCGGCAUAGCGAGACUAGCAUCUCCGCCCCCCCUUGUCCCAACCAAGGAGGUCUUUUUACAGUGGAUUAUUCGAGAUGGACUAAAGGAGAACUAAGAGCGGAUACUCACCGUGAGAAGACUACUCCCCCCCUGCUCCUAGUUGCGUUUUUUAGGAGCAGAUCAUGGAGGAGGAAGACGUGCAUCUGGAGAACGCUGUCCACGCCGUCAAGGAGUCCGACCGACAGCAGCGACUCCGGCUGUGUGUUCUCAACGAGACGCUAAACACGGAGAGAGAUUACGUACGGACUUUGCUUUUCCUCCAGUCGGCGUUUUUGGACAGAAUCAGGGAAACGGCAGAUGGCCAACAGUGCCUCUCACCUGAACAUGUCAAGAUUUUGUUUUCCAACAUUGAGGACAUCCUGGAAUUGCACAAAGAGGUGUUGUCGUCGGUGGACGCCGUCCUGCAGCCUGAACCCCAGCCUCACCACGCGCUGGGACACGUGUUUCUCCAAUUUAGGGAGCGUUUCUCGGUGUACGGAGAAUACUGCAGCAACCACGAGAAGGCUUUGCGACUCCUCAUGGAGCUCAACAAGAUCCCCCACAUCAGGACCUUUCUUCUGCACUGUAUGCUACUGGGAGGCAAGAAAAGCACAGAUAUCCCCCUGGAGGGCUACCUUCUCACUCCCAUCCAGAGGAUCUGCAAGUAUCCUCUGCUACUCAAGGAGCUGCUGAAGCGCACCCCAAAGAAGCAUGCCGACUACCCCGCCGUGGAGGAGGCUCUGCAGGCCAUGAAGGCCGUCUGCUCCAACAUCAACGAGACCAAGCGUCAGAUGGAGAAACUGGAGGCGCUGGAACAGCUGCAGUCUCACAUUGAAGGCUGGGAGGGUACCAACUUAACAGAUAUCUGCUCAGAGUUGCUGCUUCACGGAAAUCUCCUCAAAAUCUCAGCGGGCAACAUUCAAGAGCGUGUCUUUUUCCUGUUUGAUAACCUUCUGGUCUACUGUAAAAGGAAGUCCAGGGUUUCUGGAAAGAAGUCCACCAAAAGGACCAAGUCUAUCAACGGCCCCCUUUAUGUGUUCAGGGGCAGAAUCAACACAGAGGUGAUGGAGGUGGAAAAUGUGGAGGAUGGAACAGCCGACUAUCACAGUAACAACUACACGGUGACAAAUGGCUGGAAGAUCCACAACACGGCUAAAAACAAGUGGUUCGUCUGCAUGGCCAAAACAGCGGAGGAUAAGCAGAAGUGGUUGGACGCCAUCUUGAGAGAGCGGGAGCAGCGAGAGAGCCUCAAACUUGGAAUGGAGCGGGACGCCUACGUAAUGAUUGCGGAGAAAGGGGAGAAGCUCUAUCACAUGAUGAUGAGCAAGAGCCGCCACCUCAUUAAGGACCGACGCAGGAAACUGAGCAUCGUGCCCAAGUGCUUCAUGGGAAACGAGUUUGUUUCGUGGCUGAUUGAGAGCGGUGAGAUCAGUAAACCUGACGAGGGGGUCAACUUAGGACAAGCUUUGCUGGAAAAUGGCAUAAUUCAUCAUGUGUCGGACAAACACCAGUUCAAGAACGAGCAGGUUUUGUACCGCUUCCGCUACGAUGACGGCACCUACAAGGCUCGCAGCGAAAUGGAGGACAUCAUGUCAAAGGGCGUCAGGCUGUACUGCCGCCUUCACAGCCUCCACAUGCCUGUCAUCAAGGACAGGGACCAUCAUUUGAAAACGUUUAAAUCCGUGGUGCCUGCUUGCAAACUUGUGGACUGGCUCCUCUCACAGGGAGACUGCUCCACCAGAGAGGAUGCUGUGACACUGGGUGUGGGUCUCUGCAACAAUGGCUUCAUGCAUCACGUCCUGGAGAAGAGCGAGUUCAAAGACGAGUCUCAGUUCUUUCGCUUCUAUGCCGACGAGGAGACGGAAGGAACCAGCACCAAGAGCAAGCAGCUCCAACGCAAUGACUUCAAGCUCAUCGAGAACAUUCUGGUCAAGUCUCUCGUGAUUCACCCUGAGGAGGAGGACUACGGCUUUGAGAUCGAGGAGAAAAACAAGGCUAUUGUGGUGAAAUCUGUCACCAGAGGCUCACAUGCUGAGAUGGCCGGUUUGCAGGUUGGCAGGAAGAUCCACUCCAUCAAUGAAGACCUGUUGUUCCUCAGGCCCUUCUCUGAGGUGGAGGCCAUGAUCAACCAGGCCUUCUGUAUACGGCGCUCCCUGCGUCUGCUUGUCACGACCAAGGCCAAGGAGAUUGUGAAGGUCCCUGACAACCCAGACAGCCUUUCCUUUCGACUCAGUGGCUCCACCCCUCCCCACGUCCACGCUGUAAGGAAAGGCUGGGAGGCUGCGGGGGCGGGGCUUCAGCCCGGUCAGGUCAUCCUGAAGGUAAACGGCCACAACGUCAACCGUGGUGACCACCAAGAGGUUCUGGAGCACUUCAGCGCACAACACAGACACAUCCAGCCGUCUCAUGUGUGCGAGUGGGUGUACCGCACAUUUGAAGAUGUGGAGGAGCUUCAGAGCAGACAGACCACAUCCGAGAAGGUUGAAAGCCCAUUCGGGCCGUACCCAGUGGAAAAUGGGUCUGACCACGAGGAGGAGAAUGGGACCAAUGGAACAGAUUACAGACUGGGUAGCCUUUCCCUCUCAGACGACACGCCCCUGGUCAGCUUGACCGUGGAUAAUGUCCACCUGGAGCACGGGGUCCUCUACGAAUACGUCAGCACCGCCGGGAUCAAGAGCCACGUCCUGGAGAAGAUUGUGGAGCCCAAGGGUUGCUUCAGCCUCACAGCUAAAAUCCUCGAGGCCUUUUCCAGUGACGACAGCCUCUUUGUUAGCAACUGCAGCCAGCUCAUCUCCCAGAGCGACAGGGUGGUCACCAUGCCUCAGUACGAGUUCAGGCACAUCUGUGACACCAAGCUGGCGAGUAUUCGACGCCGCAUCAGCAGCUAUCAGCAGUUUUCCCUGGAGCUGCGAAACAUGGCCUGGCCCACCUUCAGGCAGGCUAGCGUCCGACCGCACCCGUUGGGCUGCAUGGACUUCGUCCCCACCAACUGCCAUGUCAACGUGAUGCAGGUCUCCUACCCCAAAAGUGCUACCUCGGCAGGAAGGACCUUCAGCAUUCGCUUUGGACGCAAGAACUCCUUGUUUGGCCUGGACCCGGAUCAAGCCCAACUGAACCCCAUGUCGCACACACAGCAUUGUGUAACAAGCAUGGGAGCUGCUUCCUGGAAUUCAUCAGGCCUGGACGGCGAAGACGGAGACGAGUCCGUGAACGGAGAGGAAAGCCUGAUGGAGAGCCGGAGUCAAGGAGAAGGAGGUUUGAGCUUCUUGCUCAAACAGGAGGACACGGAGACGCAGGACGCGUAUCUUCACUUAUACAGCCGCCUGGACGUCGCCGUCAGGGAAAUGCGGCAAUACGUGGCUCAGAUAGACGUCCUCCUGUCGUCCAUCACGGAGCCCACACAACCCCAACCGGGCGUAGGGACGGAGACCGCCGUCUAUGAGUCGGGCCAGCCGCCCUCGCUGGGCCCCUGUGAGGAAAACUGCGACCAGGACAAAGUGGAGCAAGGUGGCAUCAAGAGAGUUUGCUUUAAGGUGAACGAGGAGGACCAGGAAGACUCGGGUCAUGACACCAUGAGCUACAGGGACUCCUACAGUGAAUGCAACAGCAACCGGGAUUCUGUUCUGUCCUACACAAGUGUGCGGAGUAAUAGCUCCUACCUGGGGAGUGACGAGAUGGGAUCAGGAGACGAGUUGCCGUGUGACAUGAGGAUCCCCUCAGACAAGCAGGAUAAGCUGCACGGUUGCCUCGAGCAUCUUUUCAACCAGGUUGACUCUAUUAACAGCCUCCUCAAAGGAAGCGUCAUGACCAAAGCCUGUGAGGAGACCAAGCACUUCUACUCCGACCACAGCCAGCCAGAGUUUCGACAAACAGAAGACUGGACGCUUCGCUGUCGGUACGUUAUACACAAGAACAUCCAGGAGGAUCCUUGGAACCUUCCUAGUUCCAUCAAAACCCUGGUGGAGAGCCUGCAGAGAUUUGUGGAUGACGGGAAGAACCAGCUUCUCCUGGCCCUGCUCAAAUGCACAGACACAUCACUGCAACUGCGACGCGACGUCAUCUUUUGCCAGGCCACCACGUCUGCCGUGUGCACGCUGGCUGAGCAGCUGCUGUCGGCAUUACGUUAUCGCUUCAACAACGCCGGCGAGUACCAGGAGGACAGUAAGGAGACCAGCCGCAAGUGGCUGGAGCAAGUAGCUGCCAUUGGUGUGCUGCUGCACUUUCAGUCCACGCUAGCGCCACAUGUGAAAGAGGAGAGGACCAUGCUGGAAGACACCAAGGCGGCUCUGUCAGACUUGGACAAAGUGACAGUGUUCUUCAGGCAACUGGAGGAUGAAUGUCUGGUUGCAAACUCCCCCGUGUGCUACCAGGUAGAAGGCAGCCGUCAGACCCUGAAGGUGACGCUCUACCUGGACAGCUGCCACUUCAGCGAGCUGCCCAGUCGGCUGCAAAACGGAGGCAGCCUCAAACUGCACACUGUUCUCUUCACCAGAGCCCUGGAGCGUCCGGAGGGAGUGUCCCAGCAGGACUACACCGCAAUGGAGGAGCUCCAGCAGCGCACCAAUGCUGUCUCCUUGGAGAAAGUUAAAACCUACUACCGUAAACUCAGGGCUUUCUAUUUGGAGAAAUCGAACCUCCCGACAGACUCAAACACCACAGCUAUGAAGAUCGAUCAGAUACUGGGCCUUGAGGUUAGAGAUCUUCGACCCAAGAUUGCAAAACUUCUGCGCCCGCUCAACACUUUGGACGACCUUUGCCGACUGAUGCAGUCCUACGUCAACGUGCGUCCGGGCGCCCACGGUCACCCUUCAGGUGUCAGCAUGCUGUGCGUGUCCUCGGAGCUGUGCAAUCGCCUGGGAGCCUGCCACAUCACCAUGUGCGCCACGGGCAUGCAGAGGAGUACUUUAUGUGUGACACUGGAACAAGCCAUGAUCCUGGCUAGGAACCAUGGUCUCAUGCCGCGAUGCAUCAUGCAGACUAUGGAUAUCAUGCGGAAACAGGGGGCCCGAGUGGAGCUCUCUGCAAAAAAUCUCAAAGUGAUGGACCAGAUGCCGCCAACGGCACCAAGACUCUUCAGGCUAUGUUUGCCGCCCUCGGAUGGCGAACUCUAACACUCCACAUCCAGACAGAACUGCUGUCACGGGGAUGAUUAUUCCAACAUUUUAGGAAAGACCUGGAUUAACCAAACUACCUUUAGCCAACAUCCGGUUGUCCCAUUUUUGCCUCGGACUGCUUUUUUUUUUUUUUUUUUUUGUGGGGGUGGCGUUCCACAGGGCUCAAUGCUUGAUCCCCUUAAAUGAACAGUAUUCAUGUAUGACUGCUGGCUGGAUGGAAGCAGGAUGUAAAGUUUGGAUUUUUUAGGGGCGGGUGAAGCCCAUGUGCAUGUGGUUACUGUGCAAUUACUGUAGGCUUAGUGUGAGUCAUGUACUGCGGCACUAUAUGAAGGAUAGUAAAUUAUUUAUUUUGUCCAAUUUUAAUCCCUUUAAUAACUUAGCAGGUUGUAAAGAAUCCAAUAGCAUUCCAGCUGCCCGUAUUGAACAGUAUUUAAAGGACCAAUCACCUGUCAUUUAUGCUUUGUUUAUUGUAUUUAUGUGUGGAUUUGGACUAUUUUGUCUUAAGUUCAUAUUCAGGGAUUUUAAGGCUGCGUUCACACUUGUGGUUCGGUACUUUGGUCCGGACCAAAAAUUAAAAAAAAAUAUGCUUAGUGUGUACUUUAGUACAGCUGGCUUAGUUUUCACUUUGGUAUAUCUAAAAUAAGUUCACUUGUUUGGUACAGUUGAUCGCACUUAACAAAGCAAACUGUACUAGCAAAGCAAACACACCCGUUUUUAACCAAACCAUAAAUGACAAGUGUGAACGCACCCAACAGGAGCUAGCUACAUCAGAAUCAGGAUGGGUAAAACGAAACAAAACCACAUAAGGUAAGGACAGGUAGGGGGUUAUUUAAUCAUUAGUAAAUUAUUAAUAUAUUAAAUUAAAAUGUACUACCUGAAGGAUUACCUUCUGAUUAUUGUUUUGAGACUUACUAGGCUCAAUUGUCAUGACAGUGUUAGCAAAAAGUACUGUAAAGUGUUGUAGAGUCACCAAACAAAGGGAUCAUUGACGUAAAGUGUUUUUUUUUGUGUAACAAAUGUUAAAAAGCAGCCGCUACACAUUAAAUCCCAUUCUUUUUUUUUAAAUUUUUUUAAUGUUGUACACAUUUUUUUAAUCAACGCAGGACUGAAUCAGGACUCAAACCUCAUCCAAUUUGGCUUCAGUGUGAACAAUGUAAAACUCCCUAAGGGCAACUAAUGAUGGCAGCGUGACUGAUGACGACGCCUUGUAUUUGACAUCAUUCUAAUGUUUGUUUUUCUAUACUGUACACGAUAUUUACGUGAAUUGCAAUUUGACCUUGCUUGACAAUAACUGUACAAAGUUGUUUCUAAAAUGAUUACUGUAAAUCUUAACAAGCUAGGAAAUAAAACAUUCCCAGUA